CGAUGCGGUUGUGUUUCAGGAUACAAACGAGUGCAUUUCUUUGAACUAUGUCUAGUUCAGAAACAAGCAACUUUGACCAAGAUACAUUUGUGAAAGCUGAGCUUAAUAGAUUCAUAUUAGAUCAUACUGGCAUUGACUCAUACAACUCUAUCGAUGAAAUAGUUCUGAGUUACAUAGUUGGAGUUUUAGAGAAUGUAGGCAGUGCAUAUUCACCUGAAGAUGCUUUUGAUGUCAUUGAGUUUUCAGAAGUUAUGAGUGCAUAUAUUCCACCAUUUUCAAAUAUAAAUAGCUGUCAUAUAUCAGAAUGGAUGCUUCAGUUUGCUGCAUGGUUAAAAAAGAUGCACAAUGACAAUGCCUCUCAUUCUCGUAGGAAAUCUUACAGUUCACGUAGUUGCAGUUCCAGCCAGUCAGAUGAUGAUGAAAGGUGUAUAAAUGUCUCUGAGUGUGAAAUGAGCUCUGAGGUAGAAAUUCUCCUUGAAAUGUUUCCUAAUCUUCAUGUAUUGGAGGCGAAACAAUUUUUUUGCACGGCAAAUGGAAAUUAUGAAAAAGCAGUUCAAUUAAUCUUGCAAAAGCAGGAGAGUGAAGAAGAACAUGAAUGUUUAGUGACAAAAAGUAUAGUUAAACAAAAUGUUGGUCAUCCUAAAGAAGCAUUUACUACAGAUAAAAAACUUAGAGAUCAAAUUUUACAAAGGUAUGCAUACAUUGAUCAAGUUGAUGAUGUUAGAGAACACAAACCUGUUGCUCCAAAAAUGGAACCGAAAAAGCUUAUUCGUUAUCGAGACAAUAAAAUUGUUAGUAUUAAAGGAGAAAAAUUCUCAGAAGUGAAACGAGAAGUUACUGAUGAAACUAAAGACAAGAUACUUUUAAAACCAGCUAAGAAACAUCGAUUGUAA